CGACAGAUGGCGAAAUUGUGGGAGUUUCCUGGUGCUGAUAGCGUAAUUAAUUACAACUAAAACUUAAUACUAUGGGAGGUAAAUGGAUGGAAAAUGAUUGAUAUAAGCUAUUAACUUGUUAAAAAGUUCUUAUGAAUGUUAAAACAUAUCUAACAACAUAUAUUAAAAUGAGCAGCACUGGUAAUACUUCGUGUUUUAUUCCGGAUUUUAAGUCAUCGUUGUUCAAUGAAGAUAAUACACUAAUGCAUAAUAUCUCAGGAAUGAACGUGCCUGAAAAAAUAUUAUUUGUAAUUGAUACAGCAAGAGAAAAGAAUUGUACUCCAUUCAAACUUUCUACAGGGGCUAGCUAUAUGCCAUUGUUUAUGAUAAAACGUACUAUAGAAAAUUUUGUUCACAUUAAAUCUCUUAUUCAACAUAAUCACGAAUAUGCAUUAAUGGUUUUGAACUCUCAUAAUUCUCGGUGGAUUUGUGAUUUUACCAAUAAUACCAAUACUAUUAUUAAUCACCUGAAUUUUAUUAAUGAAGAUUUAUUAAAUGAAGAUCAAAAGUCAUAUGACCUUGAACAGUUGUUUGAUAAAGUACAACAAAAAUUACCUCUACCAACAAAAAAGCAUGAUACUGUUGUUCCAACUUUUGUUAUUAGAGUAAUUUUGGUGUAUUCACGUUCCAUUAGUAUUCCAAAAUUUCAUAUUAGUAAUAAAUCUAUAGAGUCUCUUAGAAAAAAUCCAUAUUUUUUUAUAGAUGUACUGUAUGUACAUGAACCACCUUGCUCUGAAAAUUUAUGUGAAGAAAUUUAUUCUGAAAUAGCAGCAUUGGAUACAACAAAUUUUUCAUACAUAUUAGAAGUGGGAAGGAAUGCAGCAAAAUUGCAUGAUAGUAUGGCUAAAUUACUAGCGCAUCCUUUACAAAGACCAUCUCAAAAAGAUGUAUGUUAUUCAAUUUGUUCUUCUGGUUCUCAAGAAAUAUGUAAUAAUAUUUAA